AUGUCAGCUACUUCUAGUAAUCAGGAAACUACUACCAGUAGUCUACAACCAACUUCAAUAAUGUCCAGUAGGUUCGAUCAAGUAGACCAUUUAAGUGAUCUAUUACCCCAAACCAUCAAUGUCAAUAAAAUUAACAGAGAUUCAAUAGCCCAUGCUCAAGGUGUCGGUGGCGUAUCAUGGGGGUCAUUGACUGUUGGUUCGUGGUUAAAAGAUGAAGUGAUGUUUCAUGCUAAUAUAUCAGAUUUUAACACUAUAAAUAGUAAUUCAAAUGCUAUAAAUAUUAAUAAUAACAAUGUUUCAUUGAAUAUAGAGAGAUCAUCAUUUUCGAAACCAAAUUUUAAUAACAAUAAAUUGCAUUCAACUUCUCCUCAUUCCCAUAACAUAUAUUUGCCAAAUCUGGAGAAACAAUAUUGUAAAGAUUACUCUUGUUGUGGGAUAUCUUUACCAGGCUUACAUGACCUUUUAAAACAUUAUGAAGAUGCUCAUAUAGAAAUACAUCCGAAUCUAGAUAAUGGCCAUCGUAUACCUAACUCAAAUAAUUCAGCAUCAGAUAAAAUUAAUAAAUUUGCCAAUAGAAAAGAACAAUCCUUUGGUAAUAUUUCUAAGCCAUACAAUAUUAUGAAUUCAUCACAUGCAUUAUCUUCAAAUCAAUCAACAAUAGCGGGAUCAAUUACAAAUCAUCAGGACUUUAAGUAUUCAGGAAAAAAUUUUACAACUAAUAAGAAACUUUCAAUGCAAACAACAUCCAAUAAUUUAUCACCUAAUAGAAACGGUUCAUCCAGUAAUGAUAAUGAUUCAUCUCCAUUAUCGGUAAACGUCAACAAUAAUUUAUUAGAUACUGUAUCCACAAAGGAAGUUUUUCUAAAUCCAUUUGAUAAGAAACUAUCAAACUUCAAGAAUCAGAAGAUAAAUUAUGAUUUAUCUACAAAUCCAUUGACUCCACAACCUUCAUUUAAUGAUACUACUAAAAAUCAAAACAAGACUUACAAUGAUAUCAACCUGUCCCGGAAUAAUUACAGCACAAACUCAUUCACUUCUACUAGUACCCAUUCGACGUCGUCAUCAUCAAUAUUCAAUCCUCUAUCAUUGCAGAAAUCAGGAAGUACAUCCAAUACUUUAGUAUCGUACAAUAAUCAAGGUGUUGCUCAUAAUGUUAUUGCUGAUGAAUCAGAAUCAGAUUCAGAUUCAGAUGACGAUAUAGAUGGAGGCUCCGAAAUGAAUACAUCUAACGUUCCAGAAGGUUACAUCGAUGAUCCAGCACGAAGGCUGUAUGUCAUGGAUCAAGAUACUGAUAAACCUUUUAAGUGUCCAGUUAUAGGAUGUGACAAGACUUACAAAAAUCAAAAUGGAUUGAAAUAUCAUAAAUUACAUGGUCACCAAAACCAAAAAUUGCAUGAAAAUUCUGAUGGUAGUUUUAGUAUUUUAGAUCCACAUUCUAAUGAAUUACUGACAGAUGAUUCCAAUAACGAAAAGAAUAAACCAUAUAGAUGUGAAGUGUGUGGUAAACGUUACAAAAAUCUAAAUGGGUUAAAAUAUCAUAGGGGCCAUUCGACCCACUGA